AUGUUGAUGGAAAGCGCUCUUGAUAUUCUCGCCAAUCUGGCACUCAGUACUGGUACUGCACUUGACGAUCAGGGGCCCAACGUUGGUAUCCUCGGUCCCCCGGGCUCUCCAAAUGGCGGCAGUUCAUCUGAUGCAGAUCGUGGCGGUCUCCCCGGGAAACGAGAACAAUGGGUUUUAGAGUCAAGGGGCGCGUUUAUUGACCCUUUAUCCGCGCCUUUGACAGCUCUGACCAUUCAACACGAAAAAAUGUGCGUCUCUGAAGCCCUGGCCGCUCGAGAUGCCGUCGUCCAUCACCUUGAACUGGCCUGUCGAUCUGUAAGGGAGAAGGCCGUCACCAUCGAGGAAUUGCGUAGCGAAAAGGAACAUCUCGAAGGGAGGCUGGAGGAGUUGAACGGGGGUGCAGUUCGUAAGGGCGCAAGAGGCGGAGAUGUCAACCGAAGGAGGUGUGACAACGACACUGGGGGUGGAGAGGUCGACGGUCUUAGGAGUGACGGCAAGAACGAGUCGACGGGCAAUCAGACUGAAGUGGAGAGGUUAAGGGGCGUCAUCGCCAGCCUCCAGGUUGAACUUCAGGAGUUGAAGGAUCGGACUCAGAAGAGCGCCAUUCCCGAAAUCGACCGUGAGCAGCCCCCGCUUGCAUACGAGGACCAAGCCGUCCCGUCUACGCUCUUUCCUGGCUCCCUGGCUCCCCCUCGGCUCCUAACGCCAGAGGGCUCAUCCGCAUCUGGCCGUCACCGUACCGCACACAACUCGGUCCAAGAAAGACAGGAUUAUUUCAACCUGCCGAUAGCCUCACCCUCGCAAAACUUACGAAAGGGACAAGGGUUCUCGCCGAAUACUUUUCCGUUACUCGAAACGCCGAUUUCGUCUCCCUAUGCAAGACAUGUCGUAACCUUGGACUCGAAUGACCUGGAUUACAAAAUCCUGUCACCAACCCGUUCCCCGAACCUCUCCCCACAUCUCCUUCGCCACCACAGCUCCACUUCCACCAACUACACCACCGGCUCCUCCUCCUCAUCAAACUUCACGCCUUACCAUCCUUACGACGAAGCGACUUCCUUUCAUCUUGCAUCUGAAGAACCGAGCCCGAAGCCAGAAGAUCUGAUCUCCGCGAGACACGAAAUAUUAGCGGCUUUGCCUUUGCCGGAAGAUGUGCCCAGUGAUGUGCUGAGGCCGAUUGUAGUUCCGACUCCGUUGACGAUGCAGGAGUGGUUGAGUGGUGUUCCUCUUCGCCCGUUGCUGCAGAACUACAGGAUCCUCCAAGAACUGACGACGACGUGGUGUCCUGCCCGUGAAGAACAUGGUUAUUUCCUCACGCCGGUAUUCAAGUGCACUACGAAUCCAAGGGUGACGACCGCGCAUCGGUGGACGAAGGUGGAUGUAUUGGGGAGAAUGGCUGGCGGACGGGGAUGUGAGUGUUUCUACAAUAAGGACGGAAAAUGGUAUUACGCCGGAACGUAUACGGCUCUUCGACUCGCAGACCUUACUCCGAAGGAGUUCGAGCAGCUCUCUACCGAGACAACCCAACUUCUCAUCCGCGAAACAAUCUCCUCCCGCAAGAAUACCUCCCCGCAGAACAUCUUCGAAGUCACCCAGCUCUACGCCUGUGGCGCGCUGAAGGUCGCCUGCGUCGGAUUACAAUGCAUCGGGUUCAAUCGUGAGCUUUAUGAGAAACUGCAGGAACUCGGACAGAAUGCUAGCCACGCUGGACCCAGUGAGCUGAGCGGACAAGGUAUCGGUGGGAGUAGUGUGGCGGGGGGAGCGGGGAAGAGUCCAGGAAUGCCUGGUGCUGGUGGUAGCGGGAGGCCGUAUGGUGGUCAAGGAGGUGCAGCACACAGUCCUGGCCCCUCACGCAGCCCCGGACGAAGUCCACACCUUCGACUCAACCUCAACCUCAGUCCUGGCCUUGGCCUGAGUAUCGAUACACCCACCAGACGGGGCGCAGGUGCUAGAGGAGGGCCUCCUAGCCCAUUGGGCCUUCAGUUUCCGAAUUCGAAUCCGAGUUCGAGUCCGAUGUCGCAGAUCCCGAUGGGGCCGUGGAAUAGUAUGAGUGGUGUGCAUGUCGGGAUGGGAAUGGGAUCGCCGGGUGGACCUGGUGCUGGUGCUGGUUGUGGGAGGGGGAUGCUGAGUGCGACUAGUCCGAUGGGCGGUAUGGUGUUGGGCAUGGGUGUGGGUGGAGGUGCCAGGUCAGGAGCGGGAAUGGAGGGAAACCAGAAUGUUCUGCCUGGGUCUGGCGGCGUUUGA